AUGACGCUCGUCGUAACAAACACGAUUCGUGACACAACCAUCGCUGGCUACCCCAUUCCAAAAGGAACAUUUGUCGGCCUGAAUGUUUCACAGGGGCAUAAAGAUGAACGAGAAUUGCCAGAACGGGAGAAAUUUAAAACCGAAAGAUUUCUGGAUGAGGAUGGCAAGUUCGUCGGCUGGAAUAAACUACAUGGAUUCCUACCGUUUGGCAUUGGUCGUUUGGCAUUCCUAUCGUUUGGCAUUGGCGAGGGUAAUGAUGUUCUCGUAAUGAGACUCGCCUUGACUCAAGUAUAACUAAUGGUAUGAUUCACCUUAAUGAUUAUGAUAUUAUUAGAAAAGACAGAUCAAGAAAUGGAGGUGGAGUUUGUAUCUACUUGCGUAGCUCCAUCAACUAUAUUAUAAGACAAGAUCUAAUUCCCUCUGAAUUGGAGGCUGUCUGUGUAGAAAUUAUUAAGCCACACAGUCGACCAUUUCUUGUUACAACCAUUUAUAGACCACCCAAUGCAUCAUCUGAAUUCUUUGAUCAUUUUGAAAAAUUAAUUAAAGCCAUUGAUGAUGAAAAUAAAGAAAUGUAUAUUCUGGGUGAUCUAAACUGUGAUAUGCUUAAAACAGACAAAGAUUCAAAUUCUCCAACAAAGAAAAUCAAAACAUUGUAUGAGUUGUAUCAAUUGUUACAAUUGAUUGAUGAAGCUACCAGAGUAACUAUGACAACCUCUAGUCUUAUUGAUCAUAUAGUCACCAAUACACCAGAGAAAAUUUCUGACUCUGGUGUUAUCCAUACUGGAUUAAGUGACCGUAGUUUGGUAUUUGCAAUAAGGAAAAUUUCUGUUGUUAAAAAACAAGAGAAGAAAGUUGAGAUAAGAAAUAUGAAAAAAUUUGAUGAUCAAAAAUUUGUUGAGGAUCUGAGGCAACAACCCUGGGAAAAUGUAUACUUCUUCGCUGAAGAUCCCAAUGCUAUGUGGGAAAUUUGGAAGAAAUUAUUUUCAGAGGUCUUGGAUAACCAUGCACCACUUCAACAUAAAAAGAUUAGAACAAAAAAAGUUCCUUGGAUUACAAGUGCUAUAAAGCAACUUAUAAUCACAAGGGACAGAUUAAAAAGAAAGGCCAUUAUUACAAACCUAGAGAUAGACUGGUUAAAUUACAAAACAACGAGAAACAAAGUUAAUAUUCAGCUAAGAAAUGCUAAAAAAAAAUAUUACUCCACUAAAAUUUCUGAUAAAAAAUGCAACCCUAAAGAGGCUUGGAAAACUAUAAACGAUAUACUAGGUAGGCAAAGCAAACCAACAGUAGUAAAUGAGUUAAAAUUAGGUGAAAAUAGUUUGACAAAUACCAAAGAUAUUGCGGAGGGCUUUAAUAAUUAUUUUUCAAAUAUUGGCCCUGAUCUAGCUAGCAAAAUUGAUACUCCAAAUUUGAACUUUCAAACAUAUAUUGAAAAGACUACAUCAGAAUUCAGUGCAUUCCAGCCAGUCACUGUUAGCAAUGUCUACCAUCUUUUACAUGGUCUUUCUAGCAACAAAGCCACCGGCGUUGAUAAGAUCUCCAAUAAAAUUAUUAAAAUAGCUGCACCUGCUAUUUCAGAUUCACUCACAUAUAUUUUCAAUCAAGCUAUUAUCCUAUCCCUUUUCCCUCACGAAUGGAAAACGGCUAGAGUAAUACCUCUCUAUAAAAAUGGCCAACGAAACCUGCCAAGAAAUUACAGACCAAUUUCAGUUCUGCCUGUCAUUAGCAAAAUUAUGGAACGAAUUCUGUACGAUCAGCUAUACAAUUAUUUAACCAAAUUUGAACCAAAUUACUUGACUGUACAAAUGAUUGGUAUAUGAAUUUAGACCGCAAAAUGUUUAACCUGGUAGUCUUAAUUGACUUAAAAAAAGCAUUUGAUACUGUCGACCAUCAAAUAUUAUUGAAAAAAUUAGAGCUUUACGGAAUAAAAGGACAAGCUCUGUCUUUUCUAGAAUCAUAUCUCUCAAAUAGAAACCAAAAAUGCCAAAUACAAGGAUCUGUUUCAUCAGAGAAAUUGAUCAAAUGUGGCGUACCACAAGGCUCUAUUUUAGGGCCCCUAUUUUUUCUGUUAUAUAUUAACGAUUUGCCUCAAUGCCUGGAUAAAACAAAACCUCGGUUGUUUGCUGACGAUACGAACCUGACAGUUUCUGGAAACUCUAUUACUGAUCUUGAAACUGCAGUGAAUUCUGAUUUGGAAAAACUUAGGAAGUGGCUAAUUGCCAAUAAACUUAGUCUAAAUGUUGCUAAGACUGAGUUUAUGUUAAUUGGUUCAAAACAAAUGAUAAAAAAUAUUUCAAAUUUGCAACUAAAUGUGAAAAUUGAAAACGAGUCAAUUAAACAAGUUUAUGAAUCCAAAACUCUUGGAGUGACAAUUGACCAGCAUUUAUCUUGGAAAACCAACACUGAGAAUAUUUGCAAGAAAAUUACAUCUGGAAUAUCGGCUCUUAGGCGUUUAAAAGAAUUUGCUGAUUUGCAAACACUUCUUUCUGUAUAUAAUGCUAUUGUUCGCCCAUAUUUUGAUUACUGCUGUGAAGUAUGGGAUGUGUUUGGAGAAACGCAAUCAAAAAGACUCCAAAAACUACAAAACAGGGCUGCUCGGAUUAUUUUGAAUAUGAGCAAUGACAUAGAUCACUCUGUUGCAUUGCAAGCAUCGGGUUGGAAGCCACUUAAAACAGAAAGGAAGAAAAGUAAAGCAAAAAUCAUGUACAAAUUGUUGAAUAAAAUGGGACCCAAAUCACUCAGUAAUCUCUUCACAUAUAAGGGUGAGGUGACAAACUACAAACUUCGGAACAUUUCAAGUACUCUUUGUUUACCACAAUCACGUACUAAUAAUAUGAAAAAAAGUUUCGUGUAUGACGGGGCACACCUUUGGAAUUCUAUUCCUAAAGAAAUAAGAGAGAGCAAAUCCUUUUCUUCCUUUCGAAAGAAAAUCACUACUCACAUUGACAGAUAGCUAAUUAACAUAGAUGUUAAUAUUACCUGUAUAUCGAUGUAUAUAGAUUACUACCUUAGUUUGUUAGUUCAUAUAAUAUACUAUAUAUCUUAUAUAAUUUUGUAAAUAGUUUUAAAAUUCUUUUCUGUAUACUUUUUGCACGCCCCUCGUGGAAAUCAGCUUCGGUUGACGGGGUCAGCGUGUUUAAAUAAAGUUUAUUUAUCUAUCUAUCUAUCUGUGCAUAUGCCCAUUAUACCACGAAGGACAUACUUUCACCAAUUUUUUUAUAGUUACUGUACAGUAUACUUAAUAGUUAUUGGAAAAUAAUUCAUGCAAUUCACGUUUUGUAGCUUGCAAGGUGAACGUUUUAAAGAGUGGCGGAAACUAGGGGGGCUGGGGGACGAUCGCCCCCCCCCCAAUAAUUUUAGCUAGCUUUCAUUUUGAAAAAUGUAGCAUGCGGGCCACACGCUAUAUCUGGCCAAUAAGGAGCUCAUGUAGCCGGAUGACGUCAAAAAUAACGCGUAUAGGUGAUAUAUAUAUAGGGGGGUUUUUUUUUCUGGUUGGUGUUGUGUACUCAGGUGAAUAAUAUGUUUGCGGAUGUUACUCUGAGUGCAUAUCCACACCGGGCGAGCUUGAAAAGUAUGCCCGGCCACGGUGGGAUUCGAACCUACGACCUAUGGAAUACUAGCAUACUUUUCAAGCUCGCCCGGUGUGGAUAUGCACUCACACACGAAUAAUACCGGGCAUACUUUUCAAGAUAUAUAUAUAGGGGUUUUUUUUUUCUGUGUUGGUGUUGUGUACUCAGGUGAAUAAUAUGUUUGCGGAUGUUACUCUGAGUGCAUAUCCACACCGGGCGAGCUUGAAAAGUAUGCCCGGCCACGGUGGGAUUCGAACCUACAACCUUUGGAAUACUAGCAUACUUUUCAAGCUCGCCCGGUGUGGAUAUGCACACACACACGAAUAAUACCGGGCAUACUUUUCAAGCUCGCCCGGUGUGGAUAUGCACUCAGAGUAACAUCCGCAAACAUAUUAUUCACCUGAGUACACAACACCAACACAGAAAAAAAAUUCAUAUUACUAGAACACAUUGGUAUUGAAGGAACUAUAGAUACUGUUCCGAAAUAUCACUUACACGAACCGUCCUGACCGCGUAGCUCAGUUGGAAGAGCAUUGGGCUAGUAUUCCAAAGGUCGUAGGUUCGAAUCCCACCGUGGCCGGGCAUACUUUUCAAGCUCGCCCGGUGUGGAUAUGCACUCAGAGUAACAUCCGCAAACAUAUAUAUAGGUUAUAUAUAUAUAUAUAUAUAUAUAUAUAUAUAUAUAUAUAUAUAUAUAUAUAUAUAUAUAUAUAUAUAUAUAUAUAUAUAUAUAUAUAUAUAUAUAUAUAUAUAUAUAUAUAUAUAUAUAUAUAUACCUUUAGAAUCGAUUUCUGGCAUUUCCAGAGUCAUACGAUAGAAACGUCGCAUUGUUUUGACGUUUUGAAAUUGUAUUUCCGGUUGGGAUUAGCUCAUAGUCAGACCAGAAAUGGACCGACUAGAAUACGUAACCGACUAGAAUACGUAACUGACUAGAAUACGUAACCGACUAGAAUACGUAAAGACAUGAGUGAAUAUGCGCCCUGGAUGUACCACAGUGAUUACUUAAAAAAAAGGCAAUUAAGCACAAUUCUCUACAUUAUCACGAAGCAUUUAAGACACAAAGGAACAAAGUCAACAAAACUAUAAAGGAAUCUAAAUCUGAAUACUUUCGAAAUAAAAUAGUAACUACUAAGAACAAGCCAAGAGAAAUGUGGUGCUGUAUAAAUCAGUUGAUUGGGAAAAGAGCAAAAACAACCGAUAUACUAAAUAUAGAUCAUAACGGUGUACCUAUUCAUGAUCAGGAAGAAAUUACCAAUUUAUUUAAUGAAUAUUUCUCUGAGAUCGGAGAGAAAAUAUCAGGAGAAAUUCCCGCUACAAAUGUAAAAUAUGCCGACUACAUAAAGCACAACGAAUGUACAUUUGACUUUGUAGAAAUUACUGAGGACGAAGUUCUAGCUGAAUUAAAAAAUUUAAAAGCCAGCAAGGGUUGUGGCAAUGUUUAA